GUGGAGGUUGGUACAGUGAUUCUAAUUCGGAUUACCAUCAUCAAAUAAAAUACAAAAACGCGACAACGUUCGGUUCUGAGGCUGUUAUGACGUGCAAUCCGGGGCACCAUGUCGUCAACAAAACUAACAUACGUUCUGAAUCAGCUUAUUGUACAGAAAAUGGCACAUGGAGUGCACCUACCUAUUCAGCGUGUGUUCCAAUAGAUUGUGGAGAUUGGCAUAGUGAUAAUAUUUCUGAUAACCACCUAGCAAUAAUCUACAUAAACGCGACAACGUUUGGUUCUGAGGCUGUUAUGACGUGCAAUCCGGGGUACCAUGUCGUCAACAAAACUAACACACGAUCUGAAUCAGCUGUUUGUACAGAGAAUGGAACAUGGAGUACACUUACUUGUUCGGCGUGUGUUUUAAUAGAUUGUGGGAAGUGGUAUAGUGAUUCUAGUUUGGAUAACCAUCAACCAAUAAUUUACAAAAACGCGACAACUUUCGGUUCUGAUGCUGAAAUGACGUGUUAUCCGGGGUAUCAUGUCGUCAACAAAACCAACACACGUUUUGAAUCUGCUACUUGUACAGCGAAUGGAACAUGGAGUCCACUUACAUAUUCAGCGUGUGUUCAAAUAGAAUGCCCAGUUUUGGAUACUUACGACAAUCUAACAAUCGAAUUGGCGCCAAAUCCAUCAAAGGCAAUCUCCAACACGACGGCAACGUUUUCUUGUUCACCGGGCACGACGCUGGUCGGUUUGGCAACAUUAACAUGCAGGAUUACUGGUCAAUGGACAGGACCUGCACCUAAAUGCAUUGUGUUGCAAGAGUCUGUUGGUAAUUGUUCUAUCGACAUGGAUACCAAAAAAAGAACUUGGAACGAAACACAACCGGGGAGGAUUGUUGAGGAUGAUUGUCCAAGUGGAUUUUUCGGGAAAGUAAGUCGGCAAUGUAGUCAGGAAGGAAAAUGGCUCAAACCUUUUUACAACUGCGUAUCCAAACGCGUAGCUGAAUUAAUAUCAACGGUGGAAAGACUCAAAGAAUCACCGACUGCUGCGAAAAUCACCGACAGUCUUGAUCAGCUAGUUAAUGUAACAAAACCUGCAAACGGUACAGCCUACAUUGGCGAACUUAACGCUAUAACUGACAUGCUGGACACGAUAGCAAGCGUCAGUGACUACAAGGAGGUUACACAUGAGCAAGCCAAUUCGUUCUUUACCGCAACAAGUAAUUUACUGGAUAGUGAUAACGCUGAGUCAUGGCAAUCAGGGGACGACCAAUAUGGAACUGAUGUGCCACCUGACGGAUCUAACACGAGUACGGCUAAUUAUGGUGCGAUGAAAGUUGUUAAUGUGGUUGACAAAUAUACAGACAUUUUAAUGCUUUCACUAGGAAACGAGUCUGAUACCAGUAAAACUAUACCUACGUAUAAUAUGGUCGUGCAUGUCACACAGAUAAACAAAACAGCAGCCGAGUUGAAAUUUCCAAAUUUUUCAAGCUCUAUAAUUCUGCCGAACACUUCAUUAAUUGGAUCGCACUCCAUCGGAGCAGUUUUGUACAAAAAUCUGACAGGACUCAUUUCAUCAGUGUUGAAAAAUUACAGUGAAUCCACUAUAAAUUCAGAAGUUGUGACCGUGACCUUAGAUAACUGGGAAAACACCACCGACUUUGUGGUAGACAUAACAAUGAAGUACGCUCAGGACCUACAUGCACCACCUAUUUGUAGUUUUUGGAAUGCCACAAUUUUUUCCUGGGACACCUCCGGAUGUCGAGUCCUGUUCUCAGAACAUUCUAGCGCAACGUGUCGUUGCACGCACCUGACGAAUUUUGCAGUCCUCAUGAGUCCAAUUAUUCAGAGCAAUGUGAACACGAAAGACCUCGACAUCAUUUCUAUAGUCGGUUGUUCAAUAUCAUUGGCCGGAUUGGGGCUGACAGUUAUUGUCCAUAUUGUGCUUUGGAAGUAUGUUGGCAAACGACGUGUUGCAGUGCUGUUGAAUUUGUCUAUAGCUCUCAUCAUUUCUUACGUUAUGUUUAUUGGCGGCAUCGACAGAACGGAAAACAAGAUCGUGUGCACAACCGUGGCGUCUUUGUUGCACUACAUUUACCUGGUGGUUUUCUCCCUUAUGCUGGUGGAAGGUAUCGACAUCGCCGUUUCUAUAUUAAUUGUCUUUAAAACAAAAUCAAAAUUGAAAUGGAUGCUGACUGCAGCUUGGGUUGCUCCUGCUGUGAUCGUUGGAACUACGCUUGGUGUUACCAAAACAGAAGGAUACGGCAACGAACAGUCAUGCUGGUUGACCAUCAAGGAAGGUGUCAUUUGGGCCUUUGUUGGACCAGCACUGCUAGUGGUCUUGGUCAACUUCGUCAUUCUAGUGAUUGUGAUAAGGGCAACACUAAGAUCGUAUGCAAUGGCAAAGAAGUCAACAGUUGAAAGAUCAAAAUCAGCAGUGCGGUGUCUAGUAGUACUACUACCUUUAAUGGGACUAACGUGGGUUCUGGGGGUUUUCUAUCUGGACGAAAGCAUGGCCUGGGUACAGUACGCCUUCGCUGUGUGCAACAGUCUGCAGGGUUUUGUGAUUUUCUUGUUCCAUUGUGCUUUCAACAAAACGCUUUGGAAAGCAUGUAAAACAAAACAACAAAGGUCGUCGUACGCCAGUAGCACUUACCUCAAAUCUAGAAGCACUUCAGUAAGAUCGAUAACUACGGAACACAGCGAAGUAUGCAUGACCGUACACGACCAAUCCAGAAUAUCGUCAGUUGACGCAUUGGCCAAUACACGCUUUAGCGGCCUGCCUGACAGAAAACCAAUGCACACAACUGAGGUUACUGACAAAGAAGAACACAUCGAUGGUAUCGUUGAACACUUUGAGAAAAGCGCUAAUGACGAGACGAUUCAAAGAAAAGAUGAUGCGAAAUCGGUGAACACAGAUAGGAAUGACGUCGGAAUGGAAAAUAAGACACAACAAGACUUCUAUAGUGAAGUGUUAUAGAUGUUUAAGUGUAACUUAAUCAAACAUGUGUGCGGACUUUUUGAAUACAACACCGUUUGGAAAGUCUCAUAACAUCACGGAAAGUGUCCGAAGUCUAUGCGCAUAAUGCUGUUAAGAAAAAUAUUUCACGGACAUAAUAAACGAAAAUAAAAGGUUGUUUGGUUUAUAUAAUUUGGUAUUUAAACAUUGAACGACAGUUUAGAAAUUCAUACCGCUAACAUGUAUGAUAUUUGAAUAUUGAUGCAAGAGUUUUAUGUGAUCUAACAUGGGUGAUGUCGCCUCGUUCAAUAUGGAUUUUUUCAGUUCACCGUCACGCAAUACUGCACAACAAAAACUCUAUUUUGUAUAAUAUAACACAUAGACAUUCCAUAUUAGUUAACUUGUUUUAUAUAAUGUAAUAGUUGUUACAUAGUUAAAGGCAAAUAUAAACAGUCAUCACGGAAUGAGAGGAAUGUGUGGAAAACAACCCAAGAUGGUGAAAGUUAUGUGCCAGAUGAUAGAGAUUUCUCAGAUAUACUUUCACGUGUUCUUGAUGAUGUUGCUGUCAGUGAAAAUUUUAUUCAAUUUAGACGGAAAGUAUUGUUCUCUGUUGAACGUGCAAUUACUGUGAAGUUAAUCGCAUUUUUGCAUAAUAGACGAGCUUAUAUAUUUGGAAGUCAAAUCGAGGGCACUACAACAGCCGGAAUGAUGUCUGAUACAGACUUUUUGCCUCGUUUUGAUACGUUUUGUUUGUUUCUUGAUUCAGAAAAUCCUCCUCUUCAGCCGCAUACACACCAAUUCGUUGUUAAGGUGAGCACAAACGGUUGUGCUUCGCAGUACUGUAUUUUAACAAUAAUUGAACCAUCAACACAAGCAAUACUUUUUCGAAAACUUGAUCCUAAUCGAGAUCCUGUUGAUAUCAUGACUUUUUUACAAAGGGAUUCGACGACAACUGAUGGCAUGACUCCACAUACGGUUAUGUUCGAGCCCAUAAACCAACUAAACAAACAUACUGAAGACAGGAAAACGGCACGGACCUGCAGAAAGUAAAGGUCGUGUCGACUUAGUUCGCGCAUGUUACUGUAAAAGUAUUCCAAAACAAUGCAGGUUUGUUUUCGAAAGGCCUUGCCCUGGCCAUUGGCCUUCGGAGAAGACGUUGAAAAAAAAACAAGAAAUAUGGUGUGUUUAUAGUUCCACAGGGACCCCCUUAAUUUUCGAACAUUUGUACAUACGAUAUUUCUGAAUACCAAUGGCGAAUUUCCACAAAUCUAACAGAGCGACUAUUUAUGUUCAGCUUAGA